CCAGACUUUCUUUUUUCUUCAAUUCACUGUUUUUAUCAUGCUCUUCUUCAAACUUUUCCUCCACUUUCUCUCACGAUACCACCUUCAACCCCCAUCUUCUCCCCAGACCAUUGAUCAUUCAAUACCCAGAAGGUAUCGAGACCCAGAUUCACGAAUUCGAAGAUGAGCUCAAGUUACCGUGUACGAGCUGGAGAUUUUCUGUUGAAGUCAACAAUUUGAGUCCUUGGAAGACGAUUCCCGAGGAAUGUCUGGGGUAUAUUAAAGAUUACAUGACUGGUCGUGGCUAUAAAAUGGACAUCGAUAGGGUUUCAGACGAGGCAGGAGUUUACGCCAAGAGCCUGGAGCUGAGUGGAGAUGGGAAAGAUGUUUGGAUUUUCGAUAUUGAUGAUACUUUGUUAUCCAAUCUCCCUUACUACGUUGAGCAUGGUUAUUGCUUGGAGGUUUUUGAUCCUAUAGAGUUUGAUAAGUGGGUUCAAAGGGGAAUGGCACCAGUAAUAGAACCCAGCUUCAAGUUUUAUGAGAAAGUUUUAGAUUUGGGGUUUAAAGUGUUUUUACUAAUCGGUCGAAGUGAACAUCACAGAUUGAUUACGAUUGAAAAUUUGACAAAAGCAGGGUUUCGAAGAUGGGACAAGCUUAUAUUAAGAGACCCCGAACACCAUGGCGAGCUAGCAAUGGCGUUUAAGUCGGAGAAAAGGAGUGAGAUGGUAGAAGAAGGGUAUAGAAUUCUGGGCAACUCCGGAGAUCAAUGGAGCGAUUUAUUGGGUGCCGCCCCAUCGAGUCGUUCGUUCAAGUUACCGAAUCCUAUGUACUACAUUCCCUAGUAAAACCCUUUAUGAUUGUUUC